AUGGUUGUGUUGACAAAUGUAUUUGGUCCAACUGCAGAUACAGAUCAUUUGAUUUCUAGAGGAUUUAUUGUGAAUGGAAUUUGUUUAUUUCCAAAAAAAUUGAAAUCCUCAAUUGAAAUUGAAGAAUUAAGGAAAAAUGUUCUCGAUCAAUAUUUUGGAGAAGAAAAACACAUGCGAGGAUUUAACAUUAUUAUGGGAAAUCUGGAUGGCGUAAAUCCAAUGUUUUACAUGACCAAUAGAGAUGAUCAAGCUCAAAAUCUCCUAAACUAUUACAAAAUUGAGGAGAUCAAUAAUGAGAUUCACAUUGUUUCAAAUACAUAUUUGGAUGAUUGUAGGAAUGAACUUUAUAAGAAAUACAAACUUGAUCUUCUCAAGAAUUUACUUGAAAAAACUGUGAAAGAAAAUAGAGAAAUCACAGAUCCAGAUGUAAUGCUCCAAAAAUUAGAAAAAUGUAUUACUAAUAGAUUCAGAGAACAUUUCAAGGAGGAAGAACAAAUUAUCAAUCACCUUACAAACAUUGAACAACUGGAUCAUAGCAAAGACCCAUCCCUGUUGAAUCUGAUUCCACAACACUUUAUGAAAGACGGUGCUGGUCCUCUUCAUUUCAGAUCACGACUUGACUCACAUUACAACAUUUAUGUAAAUAAGACCUACUUUAAAACCAGAUCCCAAACAAUCAUUCUAAUGGAUAAUCAAGGAAAUAUUCAUUACUAUUACAGAGAUACAGAUCCAUUAUUCAUGCCAGAAAAUGACUCUGAAAUCAAUAAGAGCAAUUCCAUUCCAUGGACUCAUUUCAAAGUAUAG